CUCGUCCUAACUAACACCCUUUUUGUCUCUGUGCUCCCUCUCGGUGUGGACCCCAACCACAGUGACAUGUCACAUGACGUGGCAUUGGCAUUUCUGCGUCUCCCACCCGUGGUCUUCUCCUAUAUAAGUCAAACUAUCUUCUUCAUUUUUCUUACCCAGGCCUUAAUUUCUCCAAAUAUAUAUCGCCUUAUUUUUCCCUGUUUCUUUUACAUCGUCUUCAUUUCUUGACAAAACUCGCUUGUGAACCAAAAGAGAAAAAAAAUCACGUAAAUUAUCAGUGUGGGAGUUUUGGUUCUGAUGGCGGUAGAUUCAGUUUUGUCAUCUCCUUUAGGUCCGCCUGCAUGCGAGAAAGAUGCAAAGGCGCUUCACUUCAUUGAGGAGAUGACCCGAAAUGCAGAUGCAGUUCAAGAGAACGUUUUGGCUCAGAUACUCACCCGAAACGCUCAGACCGAGUACCUUCAGCGGUUCAAACUCGAAGGCGCAACCGACCGGGAAACCUUCAAAUCCAGAAUCCCAGUUAUUACAUACGAAGAUCUUCAGCCCGAAAUUCAACGCAUAGCUAAUGGUGAUCGCUCUCCCAUUUUAUCAGCUCACCCCAUCUCCGAAUUCCUCACCAGUUCUGGGACAUCAGCUGGGGAGAGAAAACUGAUGCCAACCAUUAAAGAAGAGUUGGAUCGUCGCCAGCUUCUCUACAGUCUCCUUAUGCCUGUCAUGAAUCUGUAAGUAACAACUUCUCCUCGAGAAAACAAAACCAAAUUGAUUUUGCUUUGGUCAAAUGAUUUCCGGAUCCCGACGACCUAUAUAUACAUGAUUUUGAUGUUUUUGUUCUCAUGAUUGUUUUGACUGAUUAUGUCGUUAAAUUAUGUUAUGUUAUGUGACAGUUAUGUGCCUGGAUUGGACAAAGGCAAAGGGUUGUACUUCUUGUUUGUCAAAUCAGAAACAAAGACACCUGGAGGCCUUCUUGCCCGCCCGGUUCUCACCAGCUACUACAAAAGUGACCAUUUCAAGACCCGACCCUACGAUCCUUACAACGUCUACACCAGCCCAAACGAAGCCAUUCUCUGCCCCGACUCCUUCCAGAGCAUGUACACUCAGAUGCUCUGCGGCCUCUACGACCGCCAACAAGUCCUCCGUGUUGGGGCCGUCUUCGCCUCCGGCCUCCUCCGUGCCAUCCGGUUCCUCCAGCUCAACUGGCCCCAACUCGUACAGGACAUCCGAACCGGGUCACUCAACCCGAGGAUCACCGACCCGUCAGUCCUGGAAUGCCUGUCAGGUAUCGUGCGUCCCGAACCGGAGCUGGCCGAUUUCGUGGAGGCCGAAUGCGGUAAGGACAAUUGGGAAGGGAUCAUCACCAGAAUCUGGCCCAACACAAAGUACCUGGACGUGAUCGUCACCGGCGCCAUGGCCCAAUAUAUCCCGACCCUGGAUUACUACAGCGGCGGGCUUCCGUUAGCCUGCACCAUGUACGCCUCCUCAGAGUGUUACUUUGGGCUUAACCUGAACCCAAUGUCAAAGCCAUCAGAAGUUUCUUACACAAUCAUGCCAAACAUGGCUUACUUCGAGUUCUUACCUCACGACCCGGACUCAUACUCGGCCGGGUUCAACCGGAACUCAACCAACCCGCCCAAACUCGUUGACUUAGUGGACGUGGAAAUCGGGAAAGAAUACGAGCUGGUAAUAACUACGUAUGCCGGGUUAUAUAGGUACCGCGUGGGCGACAUCCUCCGUGUCACCGGGUUCCAUAACUCCGCCCCGCAGUUCCACUUCGUGAGGAGGAAAAAUGUGUUGCUGAGCAUCGAUUCCGACAAGACUGACGAAGCCGAGUUACAAAAAGCGGUUGAGAAUGCGUCGCAGUUAUUGAGGGAAUAUAAUACUAGCGUGGUUGAGUACACCAGUUAUGCUGACACCAAAACCAUACCCGGUCACUACGUGAUCUAUUGGGAACUGUUGGUCAAAGACCCGGCUAAUGCCCCGAGUCAAACCGUGCUCAACCAGUGCUGCCUGGCCAUGGAGGAGUCGCUCAACUCGGUUUACCGACAAGGCCGGGUCGCCGACAACUCGAUCGGCCCGUUGGAGAUCCGGGUCGUGAAGAAUGGUACGUUUGAGGAGUUGAUGGAUUAUGCGAUUUCAAGAGGGGCAUCCAUUAAUCAGUACAAGGUGCCUAGGUGUGUUAGUUUUACUCCCAUUGUUGAACUGCUUGACUCUAGAGUCGUUUCGGUACAUUUUAGUCCAUCCUUGCCUCAUUGGACUCCCGAAAGACGCCGGUGAAGGAAAAAAAAAAACAAAACAAAACAAAAUUUACUAUUAUUAAAAAGGAAAAAAAAUUUAUGUGACCGACGGUUUCAGAGAGUCAGUCAACCAAAGAUUCCUUAGGUUUUUUUUUUUUUUUUUAUUUGAUGAUUUUUAUCUUAUCUCUCUUUUUCUGUGACUUUGUGAUUAGUUACUUUGAAAAGGAUCGAUGAUGAUGUACUUAGAAGAUUAGGAAAUUCUCAAAGGUAGGUUUUGUAAUUUUCCAGUUGAUUAACCUGUGAAAAUGAAUGUGUAUUUUAUCUCAGUCUCUCUCAGGGCUAUUUCAAUUUUUUUUAUUUUUCAAUGGAAAUGUAACUGUU